AUGUCCACCAGGAGAAUUCACCGCCUGAUGGUCCAGCCCAAGGUGAAGAUCACCCCCACAGAGGAUGACUCCUUAUCGCACAACACUUUGCUGAUUUGCACCGUGCCCGGCUUUUUCCCACCAAAGAUCGAGAUCAAGUGGUUCAGGAACAGGAAGGAGGAGACCAGAGUGUGGACCACAGACAUCACCUGGAAUGGGGAGUGGACCUUCCAGAUCCAGGUGAUGCUGGAGGUGCAGCCGGAACAUGGAGACGUCUAUGCCUGUCAGGUGGACCACACCAGCUUCGAGGGCCCCGUCACCGUGCAGUGGGAGCCACAGUCGGACUCCGCCAAGAGCAAGAUGUGGACGGGGAUUGUGGUGCUGGUGCUGGGGCUGGUCUUUGUGGCAACCGGACUCACCCUCUACCUGAAGAACAAGAAAGGGCGAUCCAUCCCUCAGCCUGCAGCUGUGCAGCAGCCCAACCUGGUCCAGGGCAGCAGCCGGGAAGAAGCCGAGAGGGGAGUGAGCUGGCUCCCCAAGGCCCAGGAAGCCAAAUGA